CCUCGCACCGCCCAGAUAAGAAGAAAUUCGCGCCCCUGAGUCAACUCGCCCCGCGUGGUCUCCUGGGUAACGGUGCUUAUGGCAACCACUGUAAACAACGCGCUCCGCUGUACCGCGGCGAGCCGCGAACAGAACAGUUAACGUUAUGGCUUUCUGCAAUACCGAGUAUUUCGACCAGAUCGGAAAUAUUCAAAAGAUCAUACACGAACGUGAGAGGAGAAGACAUGAGCUGGAAGAAACACUGUUUUCCUACUUAAGAUCAGAUGAAAGAUUGACUAGGUUGAAGUGUGCCAAGAUGCGCUGCUAUGCCAAGGAGCUGCACGAGAGAGAGCAGCGAGCAAAGACGCGCAACCUUGAGCUUCUUGGGAAUGUGGAGAACUUGGCAUCAAAAUUAAAAGAAUUCUCCAUUGAUUGCAGCAGGCUGCUUCAAAAGAGGAUGGAGUACAAGAAUCAUAUUACCAGACUGAAGAAAGACAGGAGAAAAAUGGGGAGCAGGGGCAAAUCAGAAGCAGACGAGCACCCGAGCCGAUUGAGUACUCAAGGAUUAUCACAGAGUGCUGCCAUCUUCAUGGGUCACCAGACCUCCAACGGCUCAUCAAGAAAUGAUGGCGCCACAACCAAACGUUCGCCGUCUCAUACAGAGCAGAUUCCUAAUCAUCCUUCACUCCCUCCUUCACAAAGUGGCCUUUGUAUGCACUCCCAUGUUUCAAAAGCCAGCGGCGCUGGCAUUUUAUCUGAUGACAUUCUAAACUCAGGUGAUUUCCUUGAGGGCAGGCGUUUGAGUGACGUGCGUGAAAAGCAGAUGGAGUCUGAUUGGGACAUCUCUCAGAGGGCAAGAGAGCAGCAGAGACAGGAAGAACUAAAGUCACCUCACACAACCCUAAAGGAAGCUGAAGUGUCCUCUCGAUCUGUGACCGUGAACAAGCCUGCAGACAUUGUGUCGUUAGAGCACUGUCCAACUCGCAGUCCUUCCCCAGAUACCACUGAUCCAAGUGAUGCCUCACAGUACAUGAACUCAGGAGGUGAGGAUAAGGAAGAGUCUGCAGAGGAUGAAGAUGACUCCGCGCCAAUAAAUCAGAAUCAUUCAGAUUACACCAGCAACAUUCUCAAACCAGACACCUCAAUGCAUUCAGACAGUGAUGAUUCAGCAUCACAGAGUCAAAGUGGGCAUCACGCAUCGAGAGGAAAUGCGUUAAUUCAAGAGCAGAGUAUAAAAGCCAUGCAAACCCAUUGUGGUAGCAAACACAAGAAGGUCAGCACAUGGCAGUCUGGACAACAUCACUUUUCUGAGUCCCCUAACAGGCUCUCCAUGAAGGGAUUUUGCCAUCUUCUGAAGUGCAUUGAGCAGCGUCUCGAAACUGAAGAUGUAGUGAACCUCUACAGAAUCUCAGUCAAUGAGCAGAACCUCAGUGAUGAUAUCAUCAGCAUAUGUAGUCAACGUGGGCGUUUGGAUGAUAUAGAUCUGCAUGCAUGUGGUGCUGUGGUUCUGCAGCAGCUCUCCAUGCUAUCCUGCAGUCUGCCUCAUGGAUGCCUUUUACCCAGUGAUCUCAUCAACUCUCACUGGUCAACCACCUCAAAGCCACAGCAGAUCAGAUUGUGUCUGUCAGCUGAAAGUGCUGUGCUGUGGGACUGCUGUUUUACACACAUGGUUCAGCUUCAGAAACAGAAACUCCUCAGCACUGACCACAUCAUCCAGCUCUUCACUCCACUCCUGCUGCCAGCCGACGCCACCUACACUGACAAGGCAGGAAAGCUGUUGAAGAGACUUCUGACCUACAAAUCUGAGACCCAUUAUCCAUCAAAAAGUGAAUCGUCGUCAUCUUCCAGUUUGCCUUCUCUUCUAAACGACAGUGUAGAGAUCAAGCCCGCCAGGCCUUCCGGAACAAAUGCUCAAACUGGCGAAGAACAAGAGACCAAAGCAUAUCAGCUGCUUAAACAAUCUGUGGCACAAGAGAGGCACUGGAGUGACUCGGAGGAGGAGGUUUCAGAGCCACCAGAUGCCCACAAACUGGAGAAGCCUGAGGUACAGCAGGAUAUUUUAACACAAAACAACCGGAAAAGUGUAAAGACGAAACCUUUCUCUGCUGUCCAAUCAAAGGCAUUUUGGGGAGAAUCUGACGACAGCAAUUCUGAGAUCGAAAUGGCCUUGCGUCCUCAGUCCUACAACACCAGCAGCCAUGACUUUGACGAUUUUUACGACUGAUGCUUCUCUUUGCUUGAGUUCACAGCGUGGUGCAUUUUUUUAAUGAGCAGUUAAUUUGUUUGAAAGAGAUGCCUUUAUGCAAGCGCAAAACAAACAGAAAUCUUCACUCCGGAAUGAGUGCGACAUUCCAUGAAAACAAAAAGAGCCAUCCUCUUUAUUGUGGCCAAAGACUGUGAAGGGUUUUCAAAACAUGUUGGUGUUAACCCUGCUUGAAUCUCUUUAGCUGAACAACACUUGGGCCUGGUUGAAAUAGAUUAAACUUGGUUUUUAAAGUGAUUCCUUUGCACUGUGCUGAAUAUUACGCAUUUCAGCCGCUGCAGGUAUCUGGCGGUGAGUUGGAGUGGAAUGCUCUGAGUCAACUCCUAUGAAAAGCCAGUGCACAAUGGCCACUCCGCAUGCUGCUGAAACACCUCUGAACUCCCUCAAGUGGCCGUGGCCCAUUUAGGAGGACAAAAUGCGUUGUGCUCAUCUCAAUAUAGAAACAAAUGCUCUCUGUGUAAAAAAGCCUUUUCGUCAGCUCAGCGCGACACAGCGUGUCUCCGACGAUAGUCCACUUCACCGUUCUCCUGGCUUUCGAAAUACGCUUUUGCUAUAUUCUUGCUCUCUCUCUCUCUGGUUGCUUUUUAUACAUAUGAUUUCUGUUACCAUACUUUAACAAUAAACGCAUGCGAGCGCGUCACAUUUUAAGUUCUCUGUUAAUUCGCCCCUCUAAUGGCUAUUUUUAGACUCAACACGAUAGUUAAAAUUACGGGUAAUUAUGAUUAGGCAUUGAAAAGAGCACUGAUCAAACACAGCGAUAUCAUUACAGUAAUAACGGUUGUUGUUUUUUUUGUCCCCAAACAGCCAAUCAGAGAUAACUACUCUAACCCUUUUUUCUAAUGGACCUGAAAAUAACAUCGCAAACUAAAAUUGCCGUGCACAGAUUUGCCCAUUUUGUGUAUUCAUAGGCAUUGGUAAUCUGCAUGGGAUCGUCAUUUUGUCUGUGACUCCUGGUUCAUCAUUGCGCUGGUAUAUUUAACAUGCUCGGAGGCAUGUUAUCCUGUAAUGACACAGAACCUGCAGCGUUCUAUCCAUCAGUAUGAUUCCAUUAGUUCGCUUUUAAGUAAGUUUAUGAGGCCGAACCUGCGAGAGGACGACUGCGCACUCAUUAGCUGUAAUGGCUACAGCCAGCCUUGACCCGCACGAGUCCAAAUGUGCCUGCAUAAUUUGGAGAUUGCUAAAAAGCUCCCCUCAUAUAAUAUCUGUGUUAAGGAUCAUGUCAACAGAUACUUGUGUGAUGGGAGGAAAGCCGUGUAAGAGAGUUUCAUUGUAACAACGCCAUAAACACUUUUUAAAGGAACCGUCUUAACAUCGUAAAAAACGAGUCAAACUUUCAAAUGAUGUCAUGUCAAAGCAGAGCAAAAGUGUUUUGUCUCAAAGUAGUCCAUGCAGAGAUUUCUUUCCUGCGAAAAUAAGCAUGCAUGAAUGUCUCCCAGCAGGGAAGGUCAUUAAAGCAUUCACGUUCAGGCACAUUCUCAAUUUAAAUCAUCUGUCUGAAGCUAAUAGUGGAUCUUGCCUGAUUUCAAGGCUCACUUUGGGCGGCAAAUCCAUUCAUUUAACAAAUAAAAUGAGUCAAUUCUGCA